CCUGGUGGUCUCUUAACGUUGGAUUUCAUAAACCCGCUUUGGCGGUGGUGUAUUAGUUAGUGCCCAUGUUAGCUCUGUGUCACAGAGGAGGAACGAUGGUAGUCAAGUCUCCCUUGCCCUCUGCGGUUUGCCCAUCGUCGCACAGGUGAAAAUGCCAACUUCACUCAGCUGUGAGGUGUAAAGCCAAGCAAAUCGUUUUUUAUACUUAGAGCCAAAGGAGCAGAAAGCCUGGUGGUGGUUUUUGAGAGCAAGGAUAGAGCCUGUUUUUCUUAGAUCUGUCAUUACUGCUGGACGAUGUCAUGCUAUGCCUUUGGCAGAUUGCUCAUCAGGCAACCUAGGUAGUUUCUGAAAAGCUGGCUACAGUUCCAUGUGCUUAUCUUGCUACUGGGACCAUCUCGUUAAAAAUAUCGCUGCGAUGUCUCUUGGAGAAACUGAGGACAAUGUACUGAAUUUUUAAAGGCAAAAGACACAGACUUGAAAGGUACCUGCUGCCAGUGUAUUUAUAGAAGUAGGAAACACCAAGUCUCAAUGGGCGAAGGACCCCGAUAAAACAGGUGUUACCUAGACAGUGCAGUGCGGGUCCUGAAAACCCAAUGUGGUUUUCAUUGGAGCCAAACAGAAAUAUACCUCCUUCCCCAUUUUCCGUGUCCUGGUGUGUCAGCCACCAUUAAAAGCAGGUUAGCGAAGUCUGCUAACUGGCUGCGAACCAGCAAGUUAGUGAGGGAGCUGGCAUCCCUGUCCUCCGAUUUAAUUACUGGGUGACACUGUCUCCUGGAAAGCACAACAGCAGUUAUAGGCUCUGGCUGGGAUGGUAGCGCUAGUAGCCACCCAUGGAUGCUGUAGACACUCCAGAGAACCUAAAUCCCUGCCGGAUAGAGACGCUGUCCAGCAGUGCCGCUUAGGAAGUUGAGGAAAUGUUUCUAAGUUUUGGCCCUUUUCACUGCCAUUCAGCUUUUCACUGAUAAACACAGCAAUUCAGAUAAGGAGCCACACUUUAAAACCCAGCAGAACCUCGGGGAGACAGUUUCUGGUUGGGUUGGCUGUUUCUUCCUUUGCGUCUUUGUGUAUUUAGUAAGUGACCCACUGACCUUGUGAUCUUUGAAAGCUGCUUUCUUAUCCACUACUUGAUGCUUCAAGCAUAACGUUAGUGAAAUGUCUCAUUUGAACCCUCCCUGAAUUUAUACAUUCACAGUUCUUGGAGUGCCUAAUACUACCGAAUUUCCACUUUAGUACUUUGAACAAACCUCCUGUUGCUACGAACCUUUUGCCUGUGACUUGUAUUUCAGUAGUGUAAGGCAGAGGCAGGAAUGUGCAGAGUUUGAGGCCAGCCUGAGCUACAUAGUGAAUUCAUGAACACUCUGGACCACAUCAUGAGCCCGUUUUUGUUUUUCGUUGUUGCUUUUUAAGGGCAGUUCUUUGGGGUAAUGGGGACAGGAUUCUAUCUCCUUUCCUGAUACAAGUAUACUUGGUCUCCUGUGUUUUUUCUUACUUCAUUGGCUCUUAGUUUUGUACUUGACACACUCAUUCACGAUGUUCCUAGUCACCCACGUUGACCCUGUGGGAACAGUGACACAGCUUGCCUGUAGGCGGUUAGUGCAUCCUGAGUAUAGUCAGGUGCCUGGAUACAAUGCUAGCAGCUGUGGCCGUGUGGUAGAGCAAGCUGACGAGCAAGUCUGCUCACGACUAUUCUAAAUGCUGGUCACAUUUCUGUGACCCUGGCACAUAGGUGAUAUUUCUGUCUGCUUGUUCUUGUGUGUCAGCGGGUCUCACUAUGUAAUCUAAACGGGCCUCAAACUCUGGAUCCUCCUGCCUCAGCCUCCCAAGUACUGGGCUUGGCAUGCUUGACUAUGAUGCAGUUUCAUAUAGAUGUGAGGGUGUGAGAGGAACUGGAGCCCGCAAUGGAAAGGUGUGGUGAGGAGAUUAUUAGAGUUCUCUGACGGCAUCCUCAGGUCUCUCCAUCUGUGCACUGCUUGGCGUGACGCGUGUCCAGGAUGCUCGGCUCUGUCUUAACUGCUGGUGUCGGUGUGUUGUAUUCUUUCUACCUGUUUCAAGGCAGCGUGAACGCUGAGGACAGAAGAGUUUGAUGACACAGCACUGAAGUUCUUUGUUUGGAGUACACGUUAUGAACCCUUUGUGGAGCAUGUCUGCAAACUCUGUGCGCAAACGAGCUGAAGCUGAAGAGACGACACUAGCAGGGGAUGUGAAAACCAGUCCUCCACGGACUGCACCGAAAAAGCAGCUGCCGUCUGUUCCCAAAAGCGCCCUGCCCGUAACGAAGCCUGCAUCUCCAGCCCCAGCAGCACGGUCAGCAAAUGGCACCCAUGCCUCUUACGGGCCCUUCUACCUGGAGUACUCGCUUCUUGCAGAAUUUACAUUGGUGGUGAAGCAGAAGCUACCGGGUGUCUAUGUACAGCCAUCGUAUCGCUCUGCAUUAGUGUGGUUUGGAGUAAUAUUCAUACGACACGGACUGUAUCAGGAUGGCGUAUUCAAGUUUACGGUGUAUAUUCCUGAUAACUAUCCAGAUGGCGACUGUCCACGCCUGCUGUUCGAUAUUCCCGUCUUUCACCCGCUGGUUGAUUCCACCUCAGGUGAACUGGAUGUGAAGAGAGCAUUUGCAAAGUGGAGGCGGAACCAUAAUCACAUAUGGCAAGUCUUAAUGUACGCAAGGAGAGUCUUCUACAAGAUCGACACCACAAGUCCCCUGAACCCAGAGGCUGCAGUACUGUAUGAGAAAGACAUCCAGCUUUUUAAAAGUAAAGUGGUUGACAGUGUUAAAGUAUGUACUGCUCGUUUGUUUGACCAGCCGAAAAUAGAAGACCCCUACGCAAUUAGCUUUUCUCCAUGGAACCCGUCUGUACACGAUGAGGCCAGAGAGAAGAUGCUCACUCAGAAAACUUAAGCUUUACUUUCAGCCCUGAGAGAAAACAUGGUUACCUGGCUCCGGGCCUGUGGCUGAGUCCUGUAACAACGCAUGAUAUUCUGGAAGGAUCUGUCUUCUUUUGUGACCUACAAACAGUGAGAAUACUUAAGAGAGCCACAUCAGGCAUGACAGAAUGAACAGCUCAGUGAACCUGUUGCCACUGUAUUCAAAGACUGUAGAGCAAAUGAACAAGCAACUAUUCAUGAAAAUCUGAAGUUUAGUAAGGAGCCUGGUAUGUAAACCACAACCCGUUAUAGAAAAGUACAGUAACUAAACUGAAAAGUUGACUGGAAGUGGAACUUGGUAGAUCUGAACUGGAAAAGAAAAAAGUCAACAAACUUGCCUAAGGAGUAUAUUGUCUGAAGAACAGAACAACAGAGAACAGCCCCAGAAAACUUGGACACGAGGAAUCACAUCAGCAGUCAUGGAACAAGAGUGUCAGGAGAAGAGGACAGAGGUAGCGAAGCAAAAAAAGAUGUUCAAAGAAAUAAAGACUUAAGCUGAGCAUCAUGGUAGGCAAGGGCCGGAGGAUCAAGAGGUUCAGGCUAGCCUGGGCUACAUAGCAAGACACUGGGGAAAAAAAAACUGACAGCAGCCAAGUUUACUUUAAAACAUUAUUGUACACAUUCAGGGAGCUUGUCAAACAGCAGACUGAAUCAAGAGAUCCAUACCAGGUUUAUCAUAGUAAAAAUGUAAAGCCAUAGAAAGCAUUGAGGAAACCAUUUUCCUUUACAGGGAAGUCAGAUAUGGUAAGAGAUGACUUCUCAUCAGAAGCUACACAAGUGGAGCAGCAGAUUCACAAAGGUCAAAAAGAAAAGCAUCCUGUCCACUGCAAACUGUUCUUUCAGAAGUGAGUAAACAGUAAACAGUUUGCUGCUAACAGCAGCCCUUGUAGAGAGGCAAUGGAAACAAGUGAGACAAAUACACAUGAAAAGGGCCAGGAACACUUGUAAAGCGUUAACAUAUCAGAAAGACAGGGUAAAUGCAUGUGUAUGAUGUUUUGUUGUAGCUGUAACAGAAAUAUACAUUUACCAAAAAUGUACAAAGGAGGUGGGUAGGGUAUUAAACAAGUGACUGCAGACACCACUUAAACCCACAGGAACCAAUAAGCAGAAAUGUAAGGAAGGGCACCAUAACAGCAGCUGUAAAUACACACAUGCCUUUUACUUGCUCCUUUAUAAAUCUUACCAUUGAGUAAAGGUAAUGGUGGAUGCGCAGUACUUCCACUGGAAUAUAUAUAAAUACAUAAACAAUACUUUCACAAAAAGGUAAAUGGGGAAAGAAAACACUAAUGCAUGUAUAUCUUGUUGACAUGAAUUUGAAGCUAAGUUCUGAGGAGUUAAAAGUACGUGUGUGUGUGUGUGUGAGAGAGAGAGAGAGAGAGAGAAAGAGAGAGAGAGAAGAAAAUACAUAGCAGAGAGAGAGAAGAAAAAAUAUAUAGCAAAAAACAACCUAAUUCAAAAGAAAAAAAAAGGAGAAAUAAAGGAACAGAGACAUACAACAGAAAGCACUUAUAUAAGAUACCUAGAAAACAAGUACCCAGGCCUCGUGGUGUCCCUUUAAUCCCAACACUCAGAAAACAGAGGCAGGUGGAUCUCUAAGAGCUCAAGACCAGCCUGGUCUACAGAGCAAAUUCCAGGACAGUCAGGACUGUUACACAGAGAACCCUGUCUUGAAAAAACAGAAAGAAAAAGAAAAAAUCCAGAAAACAGGUAAAAUAGACAAAUGUAGUAGAGUCAGUAACAACAUAGGCAAAUAAUUAAACACAAGUUGUAAGACUAGGAAAACAAAUUAUUUUGGGAGACACUUUACUUUAAAAAUGCAAAUACGUUUGACAGUAAACAACAGAUAUGUUUACUAUAUAGUUAUCCAAAGACAGCUGGGUAGCUAUAAGCUAUUAAACUGUAAAACAGGUUUUGGAACAAAUACUACUGAAGAGUUAGUUCACAAAGAUCAGUCCAUCAAGAAGCUGUAAUGAACAUUAGUGUGUCUGUUAAUAGGGCACCAAAUAAUAAACUCCAUGACAGAAAAAAAGUAAAACAGACAACCUAAAAAUAGAAAGAUUUCAAUAUAACACUUUCAACAAUAGAAGAUCUAGGCAGAACCUCAAAGAGAAAACUUUAACAAGUCUGUUAAACAACUUGACCUAACCUAACAGACACCUAGAAAACACACUAUUUUCUUGAUGGCAAUAAAAUACUUGCUUUGGUUUUUUUUUUCUUUGGUUUUGGUUUUGGUUUUGUUUUGUUUCUGUUUGUUUGUUUUCUGAGAUGGGGUUUCUCUGUGUAGCUUUAGUGCCUGUCCUGGAACUCGCUCUGGAGAUCCGCCUGCCUGCCUCCCGAGUGCUGGGAUUAAAGGCGCUAGCCACCACCACCCAGCUAAUACUUGCUUUUCUUAAACAAACGUGGAAGGCUAGCGACACUGCUCAGUUGGUACAGUGCUUGCCUAUCAUGCACAAGCCCUGUUCAAGUCAUUUUCAAUCUCAGCACUGGGUAAACUGGCAUGGCUGUACAUACCUGUAACUCUAGCACUUAGGAAUGAAGGACAUUCAAGCCCCCUGUGGGCUACAUGAGACCCUGUCAUCAAGCAAACAGAAACUCUCAAUACAUUUAAAAGGACUUAAAUAUAUAAAGUGUUUUUUCAGACACAGUGAAAAGGAAACUAGAAAUCAGCAACAAAAGUCUGGGAAACUCACAAAACUGGAAGUUACAUGGCCCUGCAGAAUGUACAAGUUAAAUAGAAGCCAUAUGAAAAUCAAAUAUAAUUUGAGAUAAACAUACAUGUCAAGUUAUGAGGUGCAGGUAAUAUAAUGCCUACUUUUGUAGUUAGUGUCCAUAUUUACAAAGGAUACGGAGAUAUUUUUUAAAGGCAAUGGAAAAAAUACUAUAAUCAGUUACCUAACCAUCUAAUGCACUAAGAAAAACAAAAUAAUCCAAGAUCCUCUGAGAUGGCCCAUGGGAAAAGACACUAGAUGCAAGCCUAAUGACCUACAGGAAGAGGAUCAACCUCUGGAUAUUGUUCUUUGACCCUGUGUGCAUGUACACUCACACAACAACAGAUACAUGCAACUUUUAAAAAGGCCAGAAUAGACUUAAAGAAGAAAAUAAUAUUAGGGUGUAUGUUAAUAGAGAAAAUGAAUGAAAUCAAAUAGUCUUAGAAGUUAUCAAAAUUUACCAACCUUUAGUUAGAUUGACUGAUGAGAAAUGAAAGAGGAUCUUACUAUAGACUUUAAAGUACUCGGGAGAGAGACAGACACUAAGUCUCAGAAAGAUAGACACUGCCCAAACUGACUCUAGAAAAGACAGGUGACCUGAAUGAACCCAUGAGAAGAAUGUGACUGAAUUCAUCAAUAAAUUACCCACAGAGAAAAGACCAGCUCCAGUGGUUUCUCUGCUAAUACAAACUUAACAGAGUAAGAUGAAACAUUUCUUUUCCUAAAAGGCCAGAUUUACCCCCGGAACAAAACCAGACAAAGCCAUGCAAUAAAAUUUCAGACAACAGCUUGUGAGAAGCACAAAAUUCAACAAACUAGUAAACCAAACAUGAAAGCAAAACUUAUCACCAUAAUUAAAAGGGAUUUGCAAAGAGAAUGCAAAUGAUCCACCAUGAAACCCAACCAAUGUAAUAUACUAUAUCCUUAGAGUAUCAAAACUCACAAUGAACACAGAAAAAGACCUUUAAUAACAUUCAACAUUUUUAAUGAAACAACACUCAAUAAGCUAGGAAAAUACCUUUACUGGAUUAAAGCAGUCUACCCGAGGAUACAGGUGAGGUGGGGGGAUAUACUUAACAUAUUCCAAUAGUGAAAGACUUGUUAUUUUCUCCCUAGGACCAGGAACCAUAUAAAGAUUUCUGCUUUUAACAUUGCACUGGAGGAGCCAUGGUAAUUAGGAAAGAAAAGUAAUUUGGACAAGCAGUAGUACAAUUAUUAAAACUGCAUAAUCUGCACAAAGAGUUGACACAGAACAUGAUUAAAAUCCACUAGACCAAGAGGUUCAAGACUGGGAUUCAAUAGAGUGCUUGUCUAGCAUUUUAAUGGCCCUAGGUUCAAUCCCUGCACCAAAAACAGUCAACUAGCUUAACAAGGUUGUUGAACACUUAAGACAGAGAAAUCAACUGUUCAUUUACUUGCAA